UUAGUCAUGUUGUAAGUGAAAAACAAGGCAGGAGCUUGAACACGUGCAGCUGUCUGCUAUAGCUGCCUACACAGUACUGUCAGUAAUCAGGAAUAUGCAGGAUAACACUGUAAAUACAUCAUAGUUGUAAUUUACAACUUGUAAAUUAUCUUUACCUCACAAAGAGUUUUACUUUGAAAUUCUGGAAAAAGUUUUACUUUGAAAUUCUGGAAGAAGGAAGUUAUAUAAGCCUGAGCUCUGUUUGUGGUCCAGAUACAUUUACGGAACGAAGUGAACAAAUGGAUGCGAUACUCGGCGUCCUGGGUCUGGAGUGGAUAGACGGCUGGAGUGUCUUCAUUUUUGUGUGUGUUUUUCUGCUUUUGGCGGAUGUUGUGAAGAACAAAGCGCCGUCGAACUUUCCUCCAGGACCGUGGUCGCUGCCUGUCAUAGGCGACCUUCUCCGCAUCACGCCGUCCAGAAUUCACCUACAGCUCACUGAGUUUGCUCAGGAAUAUGGAAACAUUUUCAGCCUUCGCAUCUUUGGUGGAAGGAUCGUGGUCCUUAAUGGCUACAAACUUGUCAGAGAAGCCCUGGUCCAAAAAGGAGAGGACUUCACAGAUCGUCCAUCUAUACCGCUUUUUCAUGAUUUGGUUGGGAAUCAAGGGCUUGUGAUAUCAAAUGGGUAUGUGUGGAAGCAGCAGAGGAGAUUUGCCCUUCACACUCUUAAAAACUUUGGUCUGGGCAAGAAGACACUGGAGCCGUCCAUCCAACAGGAGAGCCAAUACCUAAAUGAGGCUAUUGCAGUUCAGCAAGGAAAGCCUUUUAAUCCCCAGACAUUGAUAAACAGUGCAGUGUCAAACAUCAUCUGCUGCUUGGUGUUUGGGAGUCGGUUUGAGUACAGUGACGAACAGUACCAGUCUAUACUUCAGGACUUCAAUGAGCUACUGUACUUAGAGGGAUCUGUGUGGGCACAGAUUUACAACUCAGUGCCCUGGCUCAUGAGGUGGCUGCCUGGACCUCACAGGAGGACAUUUACUCUGACAGAUAGACUUAUUGCUUAUGUUGCAAGGAAGAUCACAGAACACAGAGAAAACCUUGACCCAUCCUCACCAAGAGAUUACAUCGACUCCUUCCUCAUAGAAAUGGGAGAGAAGGAAGACAAGGAAUCUGGUUUUGAUCUUAAAAAUCUGUGGUAUUGUACUCUGGACCUGUUUGUUGCCGGAACAGAAACUACAUCCACUACUUUACAGUGGGGACUGCUGUUCAUGAUCUACUACCCUCACAUACAAGAGAAAGUCCAGGCUGAAUUAGAUGCGGUGGUUGGUUCAUCCAGACAGCCCUCCAUGACUGACAGAGAGAAAAUGCCUUACACUGAUGCAGUCAUCCAUGAGAUCCAGAGAAUGGGAAACAUCCUCCCCCUCAAUCUUGCCCACAUGGCAAACAAGGAAACCACACUUGACAAAUACACAAUCCCGAAGGGUACCAUGAUCUUACCUGCACUCAACUCAGUCCUGCAUGAUGAGUCCAUGUGGGAAACACCACACACCUUCAACCCUCAACACUUUCUGGACCAGGAUGGUAAAUUUAGGAAGAGAGAUGCCUUCCUCCCCUUUUCGGCAGGUAAGCGUGUGUGUCUUGGGGAACAGCUGGCCAGGAUGGAGUUAUUCCUCUUCUUCACCUCUCUCCUUCAGAGGUUUUCCUUCUCACCAGUUCCUGGAGAGCAGCCCAGUCUGGAUUACAAGUUGGGGGCCACUCACUGCCCCAAACCUUACCGCCUCUGUGCUGUUCUGCGAUAAGUGUCUUAACCUAGAUAUGAAAAAUGUAUUUGCAGUUUCCAAUAUUAUUGCGAUAAUCAUAUUAAAAAAUCUAAUAAUUGGUUUUAAACGCAAUGAAAUAACUUAAAAAGUAAUCAUAAUACUAUUUUUAGUGAACAUUUUAAAGUGAUAACAAGAAUCUUUUCUAUAAAUCAUGCAUAAAUCGUGAAUGGCUGCAGGCUUCAAUUCAUGGGACUUUAAACAAAUAACCAGGGCUGUAUUUUUGUGAGGUUUAAGUGAAGUUAAAGUGUUUUCUCUUCCUCUCAAUCAGGAUGCCUUUUUUAAAUAAGCCAGUAUUGUUAUUAAUUGGAAGAAUCAGCAUUCCAGUUAAAUUAAUGUUAACUAUCUAUGUUUGAUUUCUAUAGGAGAGCCUGAUGUGUUUAUAAAUAACUCCCUGUGAUAUUUUAGCUCAUGCUUGUUUCUCAGACCUCUGUGUGUUCUGUUCACACUGUGGUUUUGGUCUGAGGUGUGACGGAUGAGAAAAACAACAGAAUGCCAUGCUGCUGGUGUCAAUGUUGUUGUAAAUCCAGCUGUUUAGUUUUCGCAUCUCCAAUAAACUCCCCUGCCUUUAAA